AUGCCCACUUCUAAGUUUUAUGGAAAGACAGACUCGACCAAUAAAUUGUUCGUCUAUGAGGGGCAUAUGAUGCUAUACAUGGACACUGAUUCCAUGUCGUGCAAGUCAUGUAGCAUUGUUUGUUUGGCAAUCAAGGCAGGCACGGCUGGUGUACUAGGUGCCUACGCAGUGUAUAGCAGCUUUUACAGUGUAGCACCUGGCUGCCGAGCUAUUGUGUUUAGCCGCCUUGAUGGCAUUAAGGAAAAGGUUUACCCUGAAGGGACACAUAUGGUGAUUCCAUGGUUGGAGAGGCCAAUUAUUUACGAUAUUCGUUCACGCCCCCAGCUUGUUGAAAGUACCAGUGGAAGUCAUGACCUUCAAAUGAUUAACAUAGGACUUCGAGUCCUUUUCCGUCCGAAAGUUGAGGAAUUGCCAAGAAUCUACAGACACCUGGGCACGGAUUAUGACGAAAAAGUGUUACCUUCCAUCAUUCACGAAACUCUCAAGGCUGUAAUUUCCCAAUACAAUGCCAGUCAACUGCUCACUCAAAGGGAGAAUGUGAGUAGGGAAAUUCGAAAAAUAUUGACAGAGAGAGCAUCAAACUUGUUCAUGGAGGUGGACGAUGUGUCGAUUACAAGCCUGAAUUUCGGAAAAGAGUUUACAGACUCGAUCGAAGCCAAGCAGAUUGCUCAACAGGAUGCCGAGAGGUCUAAAUUUGUUGUAGAGAAAGCUGAACAAGAGAAACAAGCUGCUAUCAUCAGAGCUCAGGGUGAAGCAAAGAGUGCUAGAUUAAUUGGGCAAUCUGUGUCUGAUAAUCAAGCAUUCAUAGCAUUGAGACACAUCGAAGCAUCAAAAGAGACAGCAGAAACACUUGCAACUACAAAGAAUAAAGUUUAUAUUUCUACAGAUAAUCUCUUAAUCGACCUUAAAAGCUUAAAUAUAAAACCUACUCCCUCCAUUUCUUUUUGA